AUGGCCCACUACGCCCAGGACCAGGUCCAAGCGCUAUCUGCCCCUCUGACGCUUCCCGGCGGCCUCGAAUUGCCGAAUCGUCUGACCAAAGCCGCGAUGGAAGAGAUGCUCGGUCGGCAAGGCAUCCCUACACCGGCCGACUACAAGCUUUACGAAGAAUGGGCCCGAGGGGGCUGGGGUCUUGUGCUCACGGGUAACGUCCAAGUCUCGUCUCGGCACUUGGGUACCCCACUCGAUAUCGUCGUUCCCGAUCGGCAUCGGCCUCAAGCGUAUGACAAGGCCUUGGAGGCAUUCACGGAAUGGGCCGAGACAUGUCAUGGCCAUGGACCCAAACCCGUGCCUACCAUCAUGCAAUUGUGUCAUACCGGUCGUCAAUCGAUGCGAGGAUCAGGCCGAGGCGUGCUCGAACCUUCGCUCGCUCCUUCGGCCAUCUUGCUCAAACCGGCCGAUUCCGUUUUGGGCUGGGCGGUGGGGUCGGUCAUGUUUGGUCAACCCAAGGCGAUGGAUGAGAAGGAGUUGGACGAGGUUGUCGAUCAAUUCUUACAAGGGGCUUUGUUGGCCAAAAAGUCAGGGUUUGAUGGCGUUCAGCUUCAUUGCAGUCAUGGGUGAGUGAAAAACUUUGCCUCUUGAAUUUGGAACGGAUGCUCAAGUCCACUCGCUGCUCUUCAGAUACCUCUUGGCACAGUUCAUGAGUCCCAAGGUAAGCCUGUGCCUAUAUCAAAAACCUUUUUUUCCUACCGUAAGACUAACGUUCCCUCCACCCGCCAGACUAACGUACGAACCGACGCCUACGGCGGCUCGAACCUCAAACGGACCAAGCUCCUCUUCCGCAUCAUCGACGCAAUUCGUUCCGAAAUUCCCUUCUCGACCGGGUUCGCCUUGGGCAUCAAGCUCAAUUCCUCCGACUAUGUCAAAGGUGGUCUCACCGAAGAAGACGCGCUCGACCACGUACGAUGGAUCGCUGAACAUGGUGGGGUCGACUUUAUUGAGAUUUCAGGGGGCACGUACGAGAACCCUGCAAUGUUGGGCGACAAAGCACCCGAUGAGAUAGUUGGGAAGGGACAGGCCAAGCCGAAGAGAUUGACAUCGAAUCGGGAAGCGUUCUUCCUUUCGUUUGCGGAAAAGGCUCGAGAACUCCUCUUGUCGCUGCCCCAGGAAUCCCUCCCCACGCCCGCACCUGUCGUCUUACUCACCGGCGGUCUUCGAACACGAGAAGGCAUGGCCGAAGCCUUGCUCUCAAACUCAACCGAUCUCGUAGGUCUCGGACGACCCGCCUGUGCGGACCCUUCACUCCCUCUCAAACUCCUCGAUGCCUCUCUGAGCCCUCAACAAGCCCGUGCCCCAUCGUACGGGAUCAAACACACCGGAUUCGGUUGGAUCCCUUUCCAACUGAUCGGUCCAGGGAUGUCGACCUUGUUCCAUACGAUGUUGCUGCAACAAAUUGCGGAUGGGGAUACACCGGAUUAUAGGAUGUCUUUUGGUACGGGUUUGUGGAGGGUUUGGCUGGCGCCGGCGUUGAGGAAGGCGAGGCUAAAGGUCACGUUGGUGAUCGCGACGCUGGUCGCGUUGGUGUAUGCUUUCACGCUCAAGAGGGUUUAG